GUGCAGAUUUUAUUGGAAUGUAAGUGAUCUAUGCCCUCAGUACUAUUUCCAUUGCUAUAUUAUUAGCUAAGCUUCCCGUGAAUAUUUUAAUCCAAUAGGUUUGAUAUUUUUUAGCCAUGGAGAGAAACAUCUUCAUAUGUGUUAUCCUUCUGAGCUUUGUAGUUGAAAAAGGGUUUGGAUGUUUCUGCGAUCAUUAUCCAUGGAGUCCUUGGUCCAGAUGUUCAAAAACGUGCAAUUUUGGGACACAAAGCCGAACCAGGGCAAAAGUCCAAAAUGAUUAUUAUUAUAAGAAUUUUUGUGAACAACUGUGCCAAUGGGCUGAAUCUCGGCCUUGUAGCCAGCAAGCAUGUCCCAUCAACUGCCAACUCGGUGACUGGGAAGAGUGGUCAGAAUGUGACCCAUGUGUUAAAAAACAGUUCCGCAUUAGGUCUCUUGAACAACCAUCUCAGUUUGGAGGUCAGGCCUCUUGUGGGCAGCUGGUGGAUGACCGGCCCUGUUUUCCAGAAAAAUUAUGCAACAUAGAGGAAGUGAACUGUGAAAAUAAAUUUCACUGUGAUAACGGACGCUGUAUUGCCAGGAAACUAGAAUGUAAUGGAGAAAAUGACUGUGGAGACAAUUCGGAUGAACAAAAUUGUCGGAAAAUAAAGCCUGUCUGCAGGUCGAAAGUUGAAAGCAUACCCAAGGUGCAACUCAUGGGCCUCGGGUAUCAUGUCCUGGCUGGAGAAACUCGUGGAGAAGUCCUUGAUAAUUCAUUCAACAAUGGUAGCUGUGUUCUGCUGAAAAGUGAAAACCAAAGAACUAGAUAUCGUUUACCUGCUAACCUCUAUAAUAUCACUUUUGAGGUGAAAACUCAAGAAGAUAAUGUGAUAACAGAGUCCUACAACAGCUUAACACCCAUGACCCGUUCUCAUAGUCAAACCUCAUCUUCUCGGAGUGUUGGGAGAGGUACUUCUGGAAUCCCCUAUUUUUGGGGGUCAAUAACAACCACAACAUCAACAUCAUCUUAUCAGUUUAAGCAAGCCAUUAAAGCAUCCAAAAAAAUGUCUUCCAAUUAUAUUAGGAUCCAUAAGGUGUUUGCAGUUUCAAAUUUCACAAUGAAGGAGCAAGAUCUGCAGCUCUCUGAGGUGUUCUUAAAGUCUCUCAACAACCUGCCUCUGGAGUACAACUAUGCCUUAUACAGCCGGAUUUUUGAUGACUUUGGGACACAUUAUUACACAUCUGGUUUAUUGGGAGGCAAAUAUGACCUUCUGUACCAGUUUAGUGAGGAAGAAAUAAAAAAUUCAGGUUUAACAACAGAACAAAUGAAAAACUGUGUAAAUACAGAGACACAGAAAUAUGUUUUCUUCGUUAGGUCAACUAAACAUUAUGAAUAUUGCAGCCAAAAUAAGCUUACAGAACGCCAUGAAGGUUCCAUGUUGAAGUCAUCUGAACGGUCUAUUUCUUUGAUUAAGGGUGGGCAGGCACAGUAUGCUGCAGCUCUAGCCUGGGAAAGAAAAGGCUCUUUGCCAGGACAUGAUAUCUUUAAUAACUGGCUGGAAUCAGCCAAAACCAAUCCAACUGUGAUUGAUUUUGAGGUUUCCCCCAUUGUGGAUUUGGUGAAGAACUUCCCCUGCUCUGCAACAAAACGUUUUAAUCUCAGGAAGGCCUUUUCUGAAUAUAUGAGAAAAUAUGAUCCCUGCCACUGUGCCCCGUGCCCCAAUAAUGCUCAGCCAGUUUUAUCUGAAACUGGAUGCCUCUGUCUAUGUAAGUCUGGAACAUAUGGAAGCAACUGUGAGCUGCGAGCUCCUGACUAUAGAUCAGUUGCAGUAGACGGCUACUGGAGUUGCUGGUCAGCAUGGAGUGCUUGUGACGCAUCUUUUAAGAGGCAAAGAACUCGGCUGUGCAACAAUCCUGUACCCAUGAAUGGAGGAAAACCUUGUAAAGGUGACGCUGAAGAUGAGGAACGGUGUUUUAUCUCAAUGUUUAAAAGCCAGGGUGCUACUUGUGUAAAUGAUGAUGAUUAUACUGAAGAAGGACAGAUAAAAUCUAAAUGUGACACAGGAUGUUUCACUCCAGAAGCACCAGAAAAUGGAUUCAUCAGGAAUGAAAAACUGUGCUAUGAAGUUGGAGAACAAGCGGAAGUGCUUUGCUUCAGUGGCUAUUUUCGCUCAGGAUACCCAUUCUUUAGCUGCCUGCCGGACAAAACAUGGGCACAACAACAGAACGUUGAGUGCCAAUGGUUGGCUUGUGACAAACCAUCAGUUUCUGAUGCUGUCCAUGUGACCCCAUUUAAAAUUCAGUAUGACAUUGGGGACACGAUCCACCUGAGCUGUCCUAGAGGUUACAGUCUUACAGGCCCAGGGACUUACAAAUGUGGGGACCAAACGUCCUGGAUGCCUGCUAUUCUAAGCUCACUUGAUUGCAGGAAAAGUGAGUCACGUCAUGUCAAAGACAAUUGCAGUCUUGGGAAAAAAGAGGUGGAUUCUCAUUGUGUCUGCAUAUCCCCAGAAGAGAACUGCAAGUAAGUAUAGGUGCAAAAUAUUGUAAAUAACCAGAUUUCAGAUUUUAUAAUCUGCCU